AUGCACUGUCCCCCUAGGGAGGUUCUCCCGCUCGCCCUGCGCCUGCCCCAACCCAUCCAGCAGGCCGUGUCGCACAAGGAACUGGAGGCCAUUUCCCACCUGGGGCUCGAGUUCUGGAGCUCUUCUCUCAAUGCCAAGGACCCCCCGGAGCUGCCUGAGCCCCCACUCUGUGGGGAUGCUGCCCCUGCAGCUGGCCAGCUGGGUGCGAUCCCCACGCGGAGCCCAAGGGAGCUGGACUGCGGCCUGGGCAAUGGGGCGCUGGGCUUCCUGAACCCCCUGUUCCAGGGCAGGGAUGGGGGCUUGCGGCGGGAUGACUUCAAGCGCAGCAUUAAAGUGCGGGUGUCCACUGAGACCUCCAGCCCUCUCUCACCACCCCCCAAGCCACCGCCCCCCAUCCCUUCCAGCCAGACAGGGAUGCCCUGCACCCCACGCCAAGAGCCGGGCCAGAACUCCCUGCUCAGCAUGUCGGGGUAUCGGGUGCCCCAGAGGGCUGAGGAGCCCCUUAAUCCCAAGCCAGCUGGGGUCAGCCUCCCAUCCCUGCAGGAGUUGGACAGCGGGUCCCCCAGUGGCUCAGAGAGCGAAGGGGGUGGGGGUCCGCGGGCCCCGUCACCUCCUGCCCAGCGCCGCCCCCGGACCCCUUUGCGCUCCAUGAGCGAUGCCGUCCUGGCAGUGCUGGCCCCUGAGAAACAGCUGGCACGGGCUGUGGAGGGGCUGGCACGGGACCGGAGCACCAGGCUGGGAGCCAGCGUCCAGGAUUUCCUGACCUUAGUGAGGGGUGGCGGGGUGGGGUGGCGGUCCAGCCAUGAGCUGCUGAGCCCCAUCCGGACCUUCCUGACCCACACCAAGACUCAGCUGCUGCAGAGCCCAGCCCUGGAGCUGCCGAGCCCCACGCUGCUGCCUGACCACAGGCUGGACGCUGUGCUGGAACGGGCCCUACAUCGUUGCGUGCUGAAGCCCCUCAAACCAGUGCUGGCGACCCAGCUGCGCAGGCUCCGCGUGGCAGAUGGGUCCCUGGGCCAGCUCCGGGAGAACCUGCGGCUGGUGCGGGAGCAGGGCCCUGAUGCCUUCCCAGCACAGACGACCCUGCCUAGCCCCCAUGACACCCAGCAGGCACGGCGCAAACUGCUGCAGCUUCUGCGUGCCUAUUCGCCCAGCACCCAGGUGACACUGCUGCUGCAGGCCUGCAAGGGUGUCUACCGAGCCAUGGGGGCAGUCCCGGGUAUGGAUCCCUUCAUCCCUUCCUCCCUCCCCUCCCUCGCCCAUGUGAUGCUGCUCCUGCUGGGCCGCAAAA